AUGGCGAAUAACUAUAUCGAUGAGGCUACAUUUGUGGCCGUGCUUUGGGUCUGUCAGACAAUCACGUUCUUCUUCGUCCUUAUUCGGCUGCUCCUCCAAUAUCUUGUCGACCGGAAAUGGCACACACACGAUGUCUUGAUCUUAAUGGCCUGGGUGCUAUCUCUUGCCAAUUGCAUCGUGUGGUCGGUAUGCUAUAAGCAGAUGUUCUACAUAACAACCCUUACCACAGGAUCAAUCGAUUACUCCAACUUGCCAGAGAACAUUGCGGCCAUCGAGGUGCGAUACCUGCGCGGGCAGCUCGCCGGAUACCUCCUCUCGUAUACUAGUCUGUGGUCGGUCAAGCUGUCCUUCAUAUUCUUCUUCCGACAUCUGGGAAAUCGUUUCCGUGCACAACGCAUCCUCUGGUGGGUGGUCUUGGCGUUUGUUAUCGCCUGCUAUGGGGGUACACUGGGUGUCCUGGACUAUGCAUGUGAGAUGGCUUCUUUUGAGGAUAGCAUUGAGGCUUGUGCGAGUGCGUAUUCGAUCUGGUAUGAACGGGUAAGCCUAAAGGUCUCGACGAGUAUGGAUAUUGUAUCUGAUGCAGCUACGCUGGUGCGACUUGAGCUGAGUGUCUCAGGAACGGGGAUCCUAAGCCCUGCCUGGCUGGUCUUCUGGAACGCGAUCGAGAUCUGUGUUGCGAUCAUGAUGGCUUGCCUGGCGUCAUUCUGGACCUUUUACACCAAAUUGAAAAGACAAUCACCGGGUCCUCGGUGGCGCGCUGGGGGAAUUCCGCCGCGCGAUUAUGCGUCUCUCGAGAGACCAAUCCUGCUGAACGGACAAUUCAGCGAUAGAGACAAGCAUAACCAUUCUGCACUCUCGAUGCAGAGCCAUAACUCGCAGAAUACGGCACAGGGCGCCCCGAGGGGGAAGACGGAGGAGCCUUAG